AUGUUCAAACGCUUCGCGUCCACUUCAGCAGCUCUGCGCCCCACUAUUCGCCAGAUCCUGUCUCUCCAGCCGAAGAAUGAGAAUGUCCAAGUCAACGGCUGGGUCAAGUCUAUACGCGUGCAGAAGCGUGUCGCGUUUGCAAUGAUUCACGACGGAACAUCUGCCCAAAGUCUCCAAGCUGUGUUCUCAGAUCCUAAGCUCGCGCAUAGCUUGACAAACGGGGCAAGCGUUCGUUUGACAGGACGGUUGAGCGAGAGCAGGGGGGCUGGACAGGAGAAGGAACUUCAGGUCGAGUCAGUCGACGUGCUUGGUGCUUGCGAUCCUGAGGAAUACCCCAUCCAAAAACAAACCAUGUCUGCAGAGUAUCUCCGGGACCGCGUGCACCUCCGAACACGUACGAACACUGCCAGCUCUGUGUUGCGACUUCGGGAUCAGACUAUGCGGUCGCUCCAUGACUAUUUUAGCCAAAACGAUUUCUGCUACGCUCACACACCCAUCAUAACGUCGAGCGACGCAGAAGGCGCCGGAGAGACUUUUCGAAUAGCACCCGUCACGACCGGCACGCCGCCCCAGACCCACGAGUUCUUCUCCCAACCGUCCUACCUCACCGUGUCAUCUCAGCUCCACCUCGAAGCCCUCGCGAGUUCGGUGUCUAGAGUGUGGACUUUGUCGCCUUGCUUCCGUGCGGAGAGAUCGCAGACGAAUCGCCAUCUAGCGGAAUUUUGGAUGCUCGAGGCUGAAUGGGCAUUUACACGCGACCUGGCCGACAUUUGCCAGGUGGUCGAAGAUUCGCUCAAGGAUGUGCUUCGCAACGAUAGUCCUGAUCGGGACGCACUGUGGAGUGACUUGAGCGGCCCUAAACUAGACAUGCUUACCGCAGCUGCUUUGAGAAAACCAUGGACUCAGAUGUCGUACAGUGAUGCGAUACGCGAGCUGGUGAAACAUCAUACCGAAUCUGGCCAAUUCAAAUAUAAACCACAAUGGGGCCACGGUCUCCAAAGCGAGCACGAGCGCUGGAUUUCUGAGCAGCUGGUCGGCGGCCCCGUCUUUGUAACUGAUUACCCGGCAGCCAUCAAACCAUUCUACAUGCGCCUGAACGACGAUGGCCAGACGGUGGCGUGUUUUGAUCUGCUCGUGCCGUUUGUCGGGGAAUUGGUCGGCGGGUCUCUACGCGAGGAACGAAUAGAGAUCUUGAAACAAUCUCUCGAGAAGCACCAGCUGGAUCAAAACGCGUACGGGUGGUACUUAGACUUGCGAAAGUACGGAGGUGCUCCGCAUGGUGGUUUUGGCAUGGGUUUCGAGAGGUUGAUCAGUUGGGUCGGAGGGGUUGAGAACGUGAGGGAGUGUAUACCGAUGCCGCGAUGGGCGGGAAGGAUGUUACUGUGAUCUAUGACAGGGCUGAACCCAUUAAAACAUUCCACUGUUUAUUACGCACAAAAUACUUCUGUUUUCU